AUGGAGUUUUACUUCAGUGAUUCAAAUCUACACAAGGACAGAUUCCUUAAGAAAUCCAUAGAUGAAACAUCAGAUGGCUAUAUAGGACUUGAUGUUUUCCUUACAUUUAACAAGAUAAAGAAGUUAACAACCAAGGCAGAAGUAAUAGCAGAUGCUAUACAAGAAAAAUCUAAUUCUUUACAGCUAAAUCCAGAAAAGACACAUGUUAAAAGAGUGACUCCAUAUCAGGAACCCAAGAAUGUGGAUGAAAGAACUGUCUAUGUGGAAUGUAUACCAAAUUAUGCUGACCAUGAGUGGGUGAGAAAGUUGUUCUCUGCUUGUGGAAAGGUAUCAUAUGUCAGUCUACCUAGAUAUCCUAGCACUGGGGAUCCUAAAGGGUUUGGUUUUGUCGAGUUUGAGACAGAGGAGGGGGCACAGGCUGCUUGUCAGGAGCUGAACAACCCACCUGCAGAUUUUACCCAUAAAGCUGGAAUGUUUCCUAAAACAAGACACCAGCUUGAUGCGAUCAAAAAAAAGUUGCCAGAAGAACAAAUCAAACAGACUGAAGAAAAAGUGAAAGAUCUCAUUUCCACACACAGUGAAGAGCUGGCUGAUAUUGCUGAGGAACCUGAAGACCCAUUUAAAGACUCUGAAAAAUCUCAAGACAUUGAACCAAAAUUGAAAAGACGUAGAACAAACAGUGAGAGUGAUGGUGCAGAUAUAAGUCCUACAAAACGCAAAAAAUCAAAUGACGUCACUCCUGACACUCCUGCAGAUAAUUCAGAGGAUAAAAUUGCAAGUGGUAAGAAGAAAUCUCGUAAACGAAAAAGUAGGUCAAAAACUGCUGACUCAGAAGAGCCUAAAGUUGAAAGUGAUUUAGAUAAUAAAAGUGGUGACAUUAUUCCAGAAAAGAAAUCAAAAUUAGCUGAAGUUAGUGAAAGUGUUGAAAAGGGAGAAAAGGAAAUAAAGACAGAAAGUAGUGCAGAGUCAAAGCAAAACAAAGAAAACUCGUCACAGAAAAAGAAGAGAUUCAGAAGAAAGAAAGACAAAAAAGAGAAAGAGUUUCCAGAACUAAGAGUGCUUCCUAAGAAAGAAUGGUUAGACCUAAGAGAUGAAUAUUUACAGUUACAGAAAACUAGUAUGGCAUUAUUGAAGAAAACAUUGGGAGAAUAUGCAGACAAUAGCAAAACAGAUGAAGUAAAGAAACCAGAGAGGAAAGAGAUAGAGUUUAUUGCUGAUGUUGUUGUUAAAGUGACCUCUGAGAAUCCCAUGAAGAGAAAAAAUCUAAAGGUUGACCUAGGUGACGGAUAUAAGAUAGCUUACAUUGAUGUUAAAGAUGAUCAGACAGAAGGGUAUAUACGAUGUGAAAAUGCCGAGUCAGCUAAACAAAUUAGUGACGCUAAUGUGUCAGGAUAUAUGUUUACUACUGUGGCAGGGGAGGAUGAGAAAAAAUACUGGGAUAAACUGAAGUUAGACAGAGAGGCAAAGUUUAAUACAAAAUGUCGUCACAAGAAAAGAGGUCAUGAAAAGUGGACAGAAAAAGCUCAGAAAACAAAUAUUGAGAAUGCUGAUAGAAGACAUAUUAUGUUUGAUGAUUCUCCCUGAGGCUUGCACUAAAUGCAAAGGUCAACAGUGUCUAUUUAGCUUGGUGUACAAUACGUUGAGAAGAAAAAUAUUUAUACACACUUCAUAAAUUUUGUGUGACACUAUAAUAUAUUCAGUAAUGUAAGUGCCACAUAGUUGUACAUUCUGUUCAUUAGUGAGAUAAAGUUGUACAUUCUGUCAAUUAGUGAGACACAGUUGUACAUUCUGUUAAUUAGUGAGAGAAGAGACUAUCAUACAUUCUUAUUUAUAUUGCUGUUAAGAGGUUACUAUUGAUGUAAAAUACAUCAUUCACUAUGUCUUAUGAAGCCUCUAUCUGUAUUGGCAGACGCUUAAUGAAAUAUUGUGUAAACAAACUACAUAAAUAAACUGCUACAGAUGUUGUUUGAAUUGAGCCUAGUGUCGUGGAGAGUCUACUAUUGUAAUUUACAUUUCAGUUUAAUUUAAUAUAUGCUGAAAUAUGAAUAUAAUUGAAAAUAUUUGUAGAUUAUGUUUAUUUUCUAUAAGAAAAUGAUGUUG